AUGUUCAAAGCGACAAGACCGGACGAUGCCCUCAUUUUCAACAAAGCUAAGCGCCAACUCUUGGAUUCCAUGAGGAAAUUCCAGAGCCAUGUACCUGGCGCAAAGGAAAAUGAGUUGCCCACCUCUUGGGAUGAUGUUGUUUUGGCAGCGACCGCGGUCCAGACCCAGUGGGAGACGAAAGCUAAAGACUCGCGCACCGGCCGGGCGAGAGAGUUGGUCCGCAAGGUGUGCAACGGCAUGAAUAACCACGCCACGGCGCUAAAGAUGCUCCCCACGGAAAGCGAAUACGUCUCGCUGGUUGCCGGCUCCGUCUUGAUGAUCAUCAAGGUACCGUACUCUAUGGCUGCCGCAAACCAUGUCAAUAUCUCGGAGGCUUUCGCCAAGGGCAUGGUUGAGAUCAAUGAUGCUGUGCGGCUUGAGAAUCUGAGCCAUGUCUACGACACGCCGGUCCUCAAGCAACUCACCAUGCGCCUCUAUGCACAAAUCUUCUCCUACCUUAUCAAAUUCAUGACCUGGUACACUGACCGCAGCGUGGCGAGGUUGCUCAAGAGCUUCAACGAGUCCUCCUUGCGGCUGCUUGAAGACGACCUCUCGCAGAUCAAGCUCGUCUCCAACCUCCUCUCUCGGCAGAUCCAGCUGCACAUGUCGGCGGAUGUCCGGGUCUCCAAACUCAUGCUGGAAGACUUGAGCGGCGAUAUCCGCUACCUGCUCCGAUUUUCGGAAUUGGAAGAGAGGCAAUCCAAGAUUCGGGAUGCCGCCAACGCCGAACUGCUGCGGGCCAUUGUGCGCGGCGAGAUUGAAAAGUCCAAGGAAGAGGUCAAGGAAUGCAUGCUCGGCGUCAUGAGCUCCUAUAACGAGAUGAUGCGCAGUGCUAUUUCCGGGAGUGGCAUAACCGGCCUCCUCGAACAGCAAGUACCCGAGACCAUUCGUACCUUGACACAACUUUCACCGGCCGGCAUUGAUGCCGAUAAACGGCGCUAUCGGCGGAGCGUGAGCGGGCCUCGGGACACCCACUCCACUUCUGACGCUGACGAUGGACACCAAACUUUGGACAUGGAGAGUAUAAGGUUAGCGUCACGGCACUUUGAGGAAUAUUUCACCUGGGAGCACGUCCAUCCUUUCAUCGAGACGCCAAGUCCCUUGCUCGCAGACACCGCUUUCGUGGUGAGGCUAGACGCCUUCACCACCUCCAUGGAGUCUCAGCUUCUCUACGCGUACGGCCGGUUCCACACACAGGGCCCAGGAAUAUUGGACAAAUCUGCGGUCGUGUACAAAACCCUCGCCCAGGAAGCCGGGGUGCCCGUGGUUUCUCGGGAGUCAGUGGAGCUUUCGGCUCUACUAUAUGCCUUGAUCCGCCAGGUUAUCGAUCUCCUCCCCACCAACAACACCCAGGUUGCGACUUUUCUGGACGAAGAGAGAUUCUCGACUCUAGAUGGUACUUUGCGCACUUGGAAGGACGCCUUGGAGCUUUUUGAAAACCUCGUGGAUGGCGUCCGUUUGCCGCUCGUGCUCUUCGUUGUUCAUGGCCUCAACAUCCUCGAAGAAGAGGCCCAAGGUAUCGCUGCCGAGGCACUGGAGGAUCUUGUUCAAUGUUUCACGCGCUUAGCGAACCCCUUGCCGGUGCUGAGGGUACGGUCAUCAAAGUCUUAUUCACAACCUCUGGGUUGUCGGAAGUGCUUCUCAGCCUGUUAA